GCCGCCCUCUCACUCCUCUCUCGAUUCUUCUUCGCCUUUCUUCUUCUCUUCCAGAGAAAAGAAGACGAAACCCUAGCCGCCUCCAAAGAGAUCAAACCCUAAUCCUCUCGCCUCUUAACCGCCGCCGCUCUCUUCUCUCACUCUCUCUCUCUCUCCCUCGAGUUAUUCACAAGUAGCCCGGGGGCGGAAGCGAUUUAGGGUUCCUGAGCGUGCGGUCGAGAUUGUCACCCAGCCAGAGCAAGGAUCGCUUGUUGUUGUUGUUGUUGUUGUUGGGCCACUGCGCAGUUAGCAUAGAAUAAUGAUUAUCGCGACGAACGAGUGGCUGGUGACGGAGGACUUACUGCUCAACUGCCUGGUUAAGAAGCACGGCCAUCUUGGGUGGGAAAAAGUCGCUUCGUGUUUCGUUCGUAAAUCCGCCGAGCAGUGCCAAGCUCGCUGGUACCAUUGUUUUGAUCCCUCAAUCAUAAAGACAAGAGAAGAGGCGGAGAAAGCAGCUUUGCUUUGUCAUCUUGCUGAGUUAUCGGAUGCAGUCACUCUCUUGAAGGAAGAUAAAGCGGCAGUAGUAGCUCAGCUAGCUGAGCGGUUGGCGAACGGAAAAAAAAAAGGAUGAAGCUCGAGCGUUUGGUCAAGUCGGCUGUUGAAACAAAGAGGUUUGAAGACGACGACAGCACUUGUCUCUUUCUGAAAUCGGAGCUUGUUGAUGAAGUUGAAAGCUGGCGACCAAGUCAUUUCGAGGCGACGACAGGAGGAUGUUUAAUUUUUAAAAAAUUUAAAAGUGUUCCUUGACAGGCAAGGCACAAAUGGGAUUUUGGCCAUUCUGCAGUUGCAGGAAGGAACUGCUGUAGCCGCAAGCUCGGCUCCACUGGGGUUCCUCGAUUGCUAUCAAGCAUAGAUUUGGACAUUUGGUGGUAGGAAAGACGCGUUGUUCCAAUUGCGGAUGCUAUCGUUCCUCUUCCGUUAGGAGUAGUAGCUCAAAACCCCAUCAUGACCAAGUACAACCCUCAGUCGGGACGGGGUAAAGGCGAUUGAGCUUGUCGGAAUUCAGAGCCUCUCUUCCGCGGUGGAAUGUCAGAGCGUCUCUUUGUCGAUAGUGACGGGGUUGAUUAGCGGCGAC